AUGACGACCAUGGCUCAAGACGUGGCGAAGCUGCCGCAAAAAAAGUUUUAUCGUUCUCGUGCUCAUUGUAACCCCUUGUCACAUAAUGAUUGUUUUGACUAUCCAAGGACGCCGGAUAAAAUGGAUUGGUCGAUGCAUUAUCCGGAUAUGGAGACCCCAAGUGUGGACUUUUUGGAUGUGGGCUGUGGUUUUGGUGGACUCACAGUGAAACUGGCCGAGCUUUUUCCGGAAAAAGUGACGUUAGCACUUGAGAUUCGUGCCAAGGUGACGGAAUAUGUGCGUUUGCGUAUUGAGGCGCUGCGUACCGAGUAUCCGGGUCAGUUUCAGAACGUGUCGGUGCUACGGUCGAAUGCAAUGCGUUAUUUGCCCCAUUACUUUUGUAAGGGGCAAAUUACCAAGAUGUUCUUUUGUUUUCCAGACCCGCAGUUUAAAACGCGGCUGCAUCGUCGCCGGAUUGUCCAUACGCCGCUACUUGCGGAAUACGCGUAUCUGUUGGCUCCUGGUGGCAUCCUGUACACUAUCACUGACGUGGAGGAGCUACACGAGUGGCACGUGGAAAAGUGCUCAAGCCACCCGUGCUUCGCCCGUAUCACGGACAGCGAGCUGGAGUCCGACCCGUGCGUGAAGGCGAUGAUGGAGGAGACGGAAGAAGGCAAGAAGGUCGCUCGUGGUGGCGGCAAGAAGUACGUUGCAGUUUUCCGACGGAAGGCCAACGAGGAUGUUGACGUCGACUUCCUCUUUUGGUAA